AAGACGUCGCUGAUGAACCAAUAUGUGCACAAAAAGUUCAUGCAGCAGUAUAAGGUCACCAUUGGCGCUGAUUUUGUCACCAAGGAAAUUCUAGUUGAUGACAAACUGGUUACCUUGCAGAUUUGGGAUACUGCAGGACAAGAAAGAUUCCAGAGUCUUGGUGUUGCAUUCUACAGAGGAGUUGACUGUUGCGUCUUGGUCUAUGAUGUUAAUGUCCGAAGAUCAUUUGACACUCUUGAUAAUUGGCAUGAUGAAUUCCUUAAUCAGGUUCAUACUAAAGGGUCUCAGGCAUUCCCCUUUCUGAUAUUAUGCUGGUUGGUGAGAGAUUGA